AUGACCGCCGUUCUCGCCGCCACCACCUCCACCGCGUCCAUCCGCGCGCGCGUCAACGCCGCGCCCGCCGCCGCGCGCGUCGUCCUCGCGGCCGGUCGCCCGCGUCUCAACGCUCUUCGCGCCACCGAGGCCGUCCGGAUCUCAGCCACCGCCGCUGAGGCCGAGACGACGUCCGCGCCCGCCGCGGAAGAAGACGGCGUCAGGGAGUUCUUCGACACGCAGAUGGUGGACGAGGCCGGCAUGCUCGCCGCCUCCACCUUCCCCAUCCCACCCGCCGACCUCAUCGCCAAGUGCAAGCUCAUCCUCGCCAAGAACAACGGCGGAGAGGACCCGUCGCUGCUCGCAUCCGACUUUAAGUUUGUCGCCCCCGUCGUCGGCCCGCUCGAAAAGGAACGCUUCCUCGCCGCGUUCCAGUCGUUCAAGAUCGACGAGGGGUUCCCGGACGCCAAGUUCAACUACUACCACUUCCGCGUCGACCCGUUCGAGCCGUCGCGCGUUUGGUACGACGCCAGGUUCGUCGGCACCAACACCGGUCCCCUCAUUGGCGGCACCCUCCCGGCGACGAAUAAGAAGGUCGAGUCCCCGCCGCAGUCGUGCUCGAUGCGCUUCAACGAACGCGGGGAGUGCACGCAGCUGACCGUGGGUUACGUCAUGGACAAACAGCUGGGCAACACCGGGGGGCUCGGCGGCGUGUACGGGAUCCUGUACGCCAUCGGCUACGGCCUUCCCUUCCCCGAGGCGCAGCCGUGGCAGAAGAGCGUCCAGUACGAUCUGUUUCAGCGCUUCAGCGGAGCGACGCAGGAGCUGCAGAAGUUCGUCAAGGGACUCACCGGCGGGAACUGA